CUCCCACCUGAUUGGCUGAAUGCAAAUCCUACAGGUGCAUUUGCAUUAAGAAGUCGACAGGUACAUUUAACGGGUAUAUAAGAAAGACUGAAGCUUAGCUGCUCAGAACAAAUCUUGCUUUUAGCAGAGAAACAACGAUAACGAAAUUUGAAACAAACCGAGCCGUUAGAAGCACUUCAACAUUUUGCUGAUAGCGUAUCAAUAGAUUGUAUUUUAAGAGCAGUUUUAUUAAAGUGUCAUCACACCUUUAAUAAAUCAUUGUGGACCGACUGUACGUGAGCUUUCAAAGCAAAGUGGAAUAAAAUACAUACGUUGUUAGAUUACAAACUGAUUGCUCACGGACUUUGUGUUACACCUUUAUCGUAUACUUCAAUACGGGAGCUUGAAUGUAAAAAUAUAAGAUAACACAUUUCUCGAGAAGGAAGGGAUGCAGUAAACAACAACCAAUUUAACACUGACACUUGGUUACAAGCCAGAGUUUAAUAGCUCACUGUGGUAACAUCAGUGAAGUUGUAUUUUAGCAGACUCAUCGCUAAAUUAGGACAGUCAAUUACGAAUUAGACGCAGUAUCGUAACAGUUACCGGCAAACCAUUAACAUAACUUGUUGGUUAGCAGAAGUUUCCGUAGUUUACCACCAAUUAACAUUACACUCGGAUACGUUCAACGUGCACUCAACAAGAUGACAGACGUGGAUGCCAGAGAACGUUAUGAGUCCGCAAUAGAACUCUCAAACGCAUGCAGAGAGUUUUACAAACGCAGAGAGAGCCAAUUCAGAGUGAUCAAGAAAGCUGUAAAGCAUGGAGAAACCCCUGUCCCAAAGACUUCCCUCGAGUGCAAAAUGCUGCAAUUAAAGAAUGAAAUGUCUUCAUUGAUGGACUUGGAUCUUUCCCUCAUGAAACAACUUCUGACACUUAACGAAUCCAUUGAAGAUCUCAAAGAGAAUCCAAUUUACGGUUCCGAGGGGUCGCUGGGGAGCUGCUGUAGCGAAAGCAGUGAGAGCCUUUGGCCUAACCAAGGUUCUGAUGACGAAGCAGAUGAUGAUGACAUUGACGCAGACGACAUAUGCCAAAAAUCGUCGUCUGCUGUUGAACAAUACCCGGAUGAAGUUUUUGAAACUGAAAAGGAGGGACUUCAUAGAUUUGUAACAGGAUCACCGACAUGUGAUUACCCAAUUCCAAAACGGAGGCUAAGCAAAACUGACUCUGGGAUCUCUGUGUGCUCUGAAGGAGAGGAUAGUUACAUCACGUUUGAUUUCGAUAACACAAAUCAACAACAAACCAGAAAUGACAAUACCGUGUUUGCCACCAUUCCAAGACAAAAUAAACCCAAUACUCUGAAAACUGUCACCAUAAACCCAACUGCAAUAGAAUUCGUACCAAGAGUGCCAACGAGUAAACCUAAGAAGCCAACUAGUAUCAUUAAAGCCAGUGGUACACAAGUACAAACUGACAUCACGGACUUUAACACUAAAGACAUUACAAGGAACAAUCCAUUGAGAAAAAAUCUACCAAUUAAAAUUCACCAUAAAAAACAAGGGUCGUUUGACUCAGGUAUACACGAGCCUGAAUUUGAUGAGCUCAAAGAAAUCAUGGUUUAAUUGUUCCUGAUCAUUUGACAAGUUGAUAAAAUGCUUAUAAACACGACAAAAUGCAAAAGGCUUGUACUACAAGUAGACUUUAAAAUAGUAGUAUUAGUAUUUAUUUAUUAUUAAUUUGUAAUAUGUUAAAAUGUGAUAAAUGAAUUCAAGUCAAUUGAAAUGUUCAAGUAAGACUCUCCAACUAACAAAACAUUUGAUCUUUAAAUAUUAACCAAUUUAUGCAUGUCUGUAGAUUACACGAACAGUCAAUGACUGCAAAUUGUAACAAAUAUAUAUAUACGAGUAAAUUGAUUAAUUAAUAAAUGACAAAAUAUCAAAAAAUGAUAUGAAACACAAA